AUGGCCUCCAAUCCACCUAAAACCAGAAAAUCGCUCACGCUUAAGGAUAAAAUUAAAAUUUUAGACAGCCUGGCAAGUGGACAAACAGCAGCAGCCGUAGGCCGAAAAUUUGCAUUAAAUGAAUCGACAAUUCGAACAGUUAAACGCAAUGAAGCUCGAAUCAGGAAUUCGGUUACUGGGCAGGAAGCUAAGGACAGUCGUGAUAUUGUCAUGGACAAAAUGGAAAAAGCCUUACUGAUUUGGAUUGAAGAUAAUGCGCAAAAACGAAUUCCUUUAAAUAUGGAACAAAUCCUUGAAAAGGCAUUGCGGCUGUACAGUUUUCUGCAGCAAUCUGCAAUACCAAAGGUACAAAAAUAUUUAGCGACAUAG